UCAAAUCAUGGCUACCAUUAAAAAACUUCUCUUGUUUCUCACACUCUUCACAUCAUUCGUUAACCCUACAACCUCAGAGCCAUGCAGCUCAUAUAAAUUUCCAAACAACCCCAACUAUGCAACAUGCAAUGAUUUACCCGUAUUAGAUUCCUCUUUACAUUGGAACUACAAUCCAAAAACUAGCAUGAUUGAUGUUGCUUUCAUGAAGAAUAAUGUGAAAGAAUCAAGUUGGAUUGCGUGGGCCAUAAACCCUAACGCAAAGGGCAUGCUAGGAUCACAAGCCCUAAUUGGAUAUCGAAAAUCUGAUGGAAGUUUCAAAGCUUAUACUUCAUCCAUAACAAGCUAUGCAACUAUGUUACAAGAGAGUAAUAUUAGUUUUCCCGUUUAUAAUGUUUCCGGAAUGUAUGCCGACGGUAGUAUGACGAUCUUUGCAAGUUUGCAACUUCCUCAAAACGUCUCCAUGGUUAAUCACGUUUGGCAAGAAGGAUCGGUUUCUAAUGAUGGAACUUUCAGAGCACAUGCUUUAACCGGAUCCAAUGUUCAAAGUUUUGGAACUUUGGAUUUUAAGUCUGGGACUGUUUCUCAAAAGAUUGAUGGAAAAUUAAAGGCAAGAACCAGGCUGAAAAAUGUACAUGCAAUUCUAAAUGCUGUAAGUUGGGGAACACUAAUGCCAAUUGGAGUAAUAUUAGCUCGUUACUUGAAAGCAUUUGAAGGAUUAGGAUCAACAUGGUUUCACUUGCAUAGGGUUUGUCAAUCUAUAGCGUUACUCAUUGGCACUAUUGGUUUUGGCACUGGUUUAUACAUGGGAAGUCAUCCAGGAGUACACAACAAUCCACAUAGAUGCGUAGGAAUGACUUUAAUGACUUUGGCAUUGGUUCAAGUUUGUGUUGCUUUUUGUCUUAGGCCAAAGAAAGAUCACAAGUACAGGAAAUUCUGGAACAUUUUUCAUUUGAUAGUUGGUUGGACAACUAUUGUUUUGGCUGUGUGGAAUGUCUUCAAAGGGCUUCAGAUCUUGGGAGGUGAUUUGAUUUGGAGAAAUAUCUAUGGCUGUGUAAUUGGAUCUUGGGUUAUAAUUGUGAUAUCGUUAGAGGUAGGAACUGGGAUCAUAUCAUGGAAGAAGAAAAGGAAGAGGACAAUUCAUGAACUUAGUGCAUAGAGAAAGAACUGCUAAAGAAUUUUGUUAUAGGAGUUGAAUUGUCUUUCGUUUUUGUUUAUGUAAAACCUUUAUUUAUAUUGAUUGUAUUGAUGGGUUUGAGUA